AUGCUUCAUUUAGAUUUGCCUGCACUUAAUGAAAUGUCAGUUAACCGGUUACAGUAUAUACAGCGCCCGAUUCCAGUGUCAGAUCCCACGGAGCCUGAACAUAUCACUAGAAUCCUAACUGUAUUCAUUAGCGAGAAGGAAGAAGGUAGCAACGAAAUGUUUCACAUCCACCUUAUAAUACCAAGAUUGGUUGUUGCACUGUUUGAAACCAUACAGGCAGCAUUCACAAUCUUCGUCAAGUCUUCAGUAAAAAACGUCUUGAAAUACCUACAGCGGACGGAUGGCUAUGACGAAGACUAUCGCUGUGGAUUUUAG